AUGGCAAGCCGCCCCAGCACCGACACUGCCCUACCUACUGCCUUCCCAGCCUUCUUCAAGUGGUGUCAAGCACACCUUCGCGCCCGCGGUUGGGGGCACCUCUAUGAAGCUGCGGUUCGUUACCGGAGAACAUGGGUUCAUGUUCAACAAGGUAAUGCCUCAACCGCAGAGGCAAUCAAGCGGCUGCUGGAUGCUGUGCUCAAAUCUCGCAUCACUAAGUCCCGCCUCAUUGAGGCAGCUGCUUUGGGGGACGACGCUGGUGAGGCGGAAUGGGUCCUACCAACUGGUACCGACCUGCGGGGACUACCUACGUAUCAAAUGCGGACCAUCCUGGAGGAUCGUCGAAUGGGCGCGUUCAAUUCCUAA